AGGCCGCCGAGAGAAGGCUGGACAGGGGUUCCAGUCCAGAGCGCCCCUACUUUGCCUGAGGCCUCUGCCACUGCCUCAUUCAUGACUCCUUCCCCUGGCACCCCCCUCGCCCAACACAGUGCCUGGCACAGACAGGACCUGAUAAAUGUGUAUUUGUUGAAGGAAUGAAUGAAUAUGUGUGUCUGCUGGGGUGGGGAGGGGAGCUCCGUCCAGCCUCCCAGGCCCGCAGCCCCCUCCCCUUGCAGAACCCAGGAAUCCAAGCUGACCGCCCUCCCCGCCCCCUGGGUCCCCUCGUCCUCCUGCUUCCGGCCUUCCAGCCGGUCUUUCCUCUUUUGGGCUCGGUCGAGAGGCCGGGUUUCCGGGGGGAAGGCUUAGGCAGUGACACCGAGCCCAGCCUCCUCCACCCCCCCACCACGCUCGGGCCCUCCCUCCCUCCCCGCCACCACCGUCAGCGUUUGGCCGGCCUCGGGGAAGGAAGAAAGGAGCGAAGGAGGCGGAGGCAUGGAUCCGCAGCCCCCUCCACCCGCCCAGGGCAGCCCACCUCACCGUGGCCGUGGUCGGGGCCGUGGCCGGGGCCGUGGUAGAGGCCGGGGCCGUGGCAGGGGGGGCGCUGGAGCCCCUCGGGCGCCCCUGCCCUGCCCGACAUGUGGCCGCCUCUUCCGCUUCCCCUACUACCUCUCCCGGCACCGGCUGAGCCACUCAGGCCUCCGACCCCACGCCUGCCCCCUGUGCCCCAAGGCCUUCCGCCGGCCCGCCCACCUCUCCCGCCACCUGCGUGGCCACGGGCCCCAACCCCCGCUGCGCUGCGCCGCCUGCCCCCGCACCUUCCCGGAGCCAGCGCAGCUCCGGCGCCACCUGGCCCAGGAGCACGCAGGCGGCGAGGUCGAGCUGGCCAUCGAGAGGGCGGCCAAGGAGGCUGCGGAGUCGAGCUGGGGCUCCCAGGACGCCAGUGCGGAGCAGCCCACCACCGCCGCAGCGGGGGCCGCGGAGGAAGAGGCCGCGUGGCCCGAGACGUGGCCCGCAGGGGAGCCGGCCACGCUGGCUGCCCCCACGAGCGCCGAACCCCGGGAGUCGGAGGAGGAGGAGGCCGAGGCCGGGGCGGCGGAGCUGAGGGCCGAGUUGGCACUGGCGGCCGGGCGGCAGGAGGAGAAGCAGGUCCUGCUCCAGGCCGACUGGACGCUGCUGUGCCUCCGCUGUCGCGAAGCCUUCGCCACCAAGGGCGAGCUCAAAGCGCACCCGUGUCUGCGCCCUGAGGGUGAACAGGAGGGUGAAGGGGGCCCCCCUCCCCGGCCCAAGCGCCACCAGUGCUCCAUCUGCCUCAAGGCCUUCGCCAGGCCCUGGUCGCUGUCCCGCCACCGGCUGGUCCACUCCACCGACCGCCCAUUCGUGUGCCCAGACUGCGGCCUGGCCUUCCGCCUCGCCUCCUACCUCCGCCAGCACCGCCGUGUGCACGGCGCGCUCAGCCUCCUGGCCCCGCUGCCCCCGGCGGGCAAGAAGGACGACAAGGCCCCGGGUGGACGGAACUCAGGGAAGGGGCCCGAGGGGGGCGAAGGGGCAGAGUGCGGGAGUGCCUCGGAGGGGGGAGAAGGCGGGCAGAACGGAGGGGACGCCGCCCCCGCCCGGCCCCCUGCGGGGGAGCCCCGCUUCUGGUGUCCCGAGUGCGGCAAAGGCUUCCGGCGCCGCGCGCACCUGCGGCAGCACGGGGUGACCCACUCAGGGGCGCGCCCCUUCCAGUGCGUGCGCUGCCAGAGGGAGUUCAAGCGUCUGGCCGACCUGGCCCGCCACGCGCAGGUGCACGCGGGAGGCCCGGCCCCGCACCCGUGCCCGCGCUGCCCGCGCCGCUUCUCGCGCGCCUACAGCCUCCUGCGCCACCAGCGCUGCCACCGGGCCGAGCUGGAGAGGGCGGCCGCGUUGCAGGCGCUCCAGGCCCAGGCCCCGCCGUCGCCCCCGCCGCCCCCGCCGCCUCCACCAGCUGGGCAGGAGGAGGAAGGGCUCCCGCUGCCCAUUGCACACAUCAAGGAAGAGCCACCCUCCCCGGGGACCCCACCCCAGUCGCCGCUGCCACCGCCGCCUGCUCCCCCUGUCUUCCUCAGCGCCUCCUGUUUUGACAGCCAAGACCACUCAGCCUUCGAGAUGGAGGAAGAAGAAAUUGACAGCAAGGCCCACCUUCGGGGCUUGGGAGGCUUGGCCUCCUGACCUUCACCACCACUCCUCGCCCCUCCAUUUGGCUCUCGGUUUGCAAUAUGGAGGAAGGAAGUCGAAGUAGAGGCGCCUCCUGUCUACCCACCCUUCCCCUUCCAGCCCUCAACACUAAGCGGGGGCCCUGGA